CCUUUCGCGGUCGAUCUACAUUUCGGAAUUGACCGCCCAUCGACGACACGGCAUGGCACGUUCCAUCAAGAAGGCGUCCAGCACUCCAACGACACGAGCCUCCAAGCGCACGGCGGCUGUCAAAGACGCAAAGGAUGAACUGAAGUCCAGGCGCAACGCGGCAAGCGUAGACGAAGAAGAAGAAUGUACACCCACGUCGAAGGCGGCAAAGCGAAACGCGAGUCGGGACGACGACGACGGCAAACCUGACGCAGCCGCCAAGGCUUCGGAAGCGUGGGGAUUCUUGAAGGCUCCGACAGGACCGCAGCUGAAGAAACCAAAGAAGGCAACUCCGCCAGCGGACGACGUCGAGUUUCCUCCGAUCACCGAGGCGGAGAAAGCCGUGUUCGACAGCGUGAUCCCAUCAUCCGCCACGGCCGACAAAGACACGGUCCGCGUUCUCGCCUGGAACGUAAAUGGUCUGCGCGCGGUGUUGAAAUCUUCGUUUCGCGCUUACAUCGCGUGCGAAGACCCGGACGUGCUGUGUCUGAGUGAGACCAAGAUCGACGACGCAUCGUUGGGCCAGGUCAAACGAAUGCUGCCGCAGUAUCCGUUCCAGUACUGGAACUGCGCCACACAAAAAGGGUACUCUGGCACGGCGGUCUUUUGCAAAACCGAACCCCUCAGCGUGCGCACUAGCCUCGUGGUGGACAGCCGACCCGACGACGAAGGUCGGUACGUCGCGCUCGAGUUCGACACGUUUUGGCUCGUGCACACUUACGUCCCCAACUCGGGCCAAAAGUUAGACCGGUUGGGCUUCCGAACGACCAAGUGGGACCCGACGCUCUUUGCCGACCUCCGCGAGCUCGAAAAGGCCAAACCGGUCGUGUGGUGCGGGGACUUGAACGUCGCGCACGAAGAAAUCGACAUCCAUGAUCCCAAAGGCAACAAAAGGUCGGCCGGGUUCACAAACGAAGAGCGCGCGAGCUUUGGCAGCUUCCUCGCGUCCGGGUUUGUCGACUCAUUCCGGCGCUUGCAUGCACACACCCAGGCGUACACGUACUUUUCGUAUCGGUCGGAUGCGCGCCGGAAGAAUAAGGGGUGGCGACUCGACUACUUUGUUGUGUCGGCGGCCUUGAUGGACAGAGUGCAAGAUUCGGCCAUUCGGUCGUCGAUCCAAGGCAGCGACCAUCUCCCGAUUGUGUUGGUGCUGCGCAAGUAAGUUGUCAUCGUGCACGGCGACCGCUGCCAUGACAACCAACGGUCAUGAGUCGCCGCCCGUCGAAUGCGGCAGUGAGUUGUCGUAGAAAGCCUCCCACCCCAUCGCGCGCCUCCACUAACUAGCACGACUCGACGCGUGUGCUUUGUGUACUCAAGAGCGCUCUCGAUUCUUUUUCACGCACACGGAGUUACGAUAUGCCACCAUGCUACUCGGACGGAACAUCAACGAGCGGCUUCCGUGACAUGAUGGACCCGUUCGACCGCCGCGAUGGCUUUUUCCCGCACUUGCCAAACAACAUCGGGUACCGCUUGGGCAGGUCGUUCAGGGUGUCUUUGGCGAACGCCGCGGUCACGAUCUUGAUCUGGGCGCUGCGCAUCGACGGGAAUCGUUAGUUUGACGAGCUUGCGACUUUCCGACGUACAUCAAGAUCGCUUUGGCCGCUUCGGCUUCGGCCAUGUUCUUGCAGCUGCUGGCCUUGGACAGCUGCGGCGGCUUGAGCGUCGUGGGAUGGCGGUCGGGAGCCGCGCGAUUGUACUCGUGCUCGAGGGGAACCAAGUAGUUGAUAAAUGUGUCGCCUUUCAUGUGCGAGUCGAAAAUGUCGGUGCGCGCCCGGAUGUCGUCGCCAUGAAUGACCUUGGCCUUGAUCCGCUCUUUAAUGGACGCCGGGAACCCGUCCAGCAUGACGAUUUGCUGUGUUCGCACGAGGAUGCGAAACCGGUAGUACGGGAUGCGCGUGACCUACAUGACGAUGUCAAGCCGCGAGAUGGCGCCCGUGGUUCGUGCUACAGGGCAUUGCGUCAAGUUCAGCGUGCUCAGGUCGCGGAGCUUGGCCAAGGCGUCGACCUCGCAUAGGUCUUGAAUGCGGUUGAAGGACACAUCCAGCUUUUGCAGCAUGCGGCACUUCUACACCCGGCGUGAGAAUCCAUCGACACGGAUCGCGGCUUCGUCCACGAACGCGCUUACCCCAAACUCGUCCAAGCUCCGGAUGCGGUUGUGCGCAACGUUGACGUUGAGGAGCCGCGUGAGCCCCGGGAGCUGCGCCGUGUCGGCAAUUUCGUUGUGGGACAGGUUCAAAAUCUCAAUCGGCAAGUUGCUCGUCAGGCCUUUCGUCGUCG